ACUGCGUUUUACCAAACGCCGCCAGCAGGAUCGGUGAGGAGGUGGCUGUAACCGGUCGUUGCCUAGUACGGUUUCUCGGCGUUCCUCUCAGUCAGGCGCCACCUUUAAUUUGGGUCUGCGAUGCCGAUGUACCAGGUAAAGCCCUAUCACGAGGGCGGCGCAUCCCUCCGUGUAGAGCUUCCCACCUGCAUGUACCGGCUCCCCAAUGUACACGGCAGAAGCGGCGGCCCGGCGCCCGACACGGGCCACGUGCAGGAGGAGUCUGACCCAUCUCUGCAAGCUCUAGAGUCUCGCCAAGAUGAUAUUUUAAAACGUUUAUAUGAGUUGAAAGCUGCAGUUGAUGGUCUUUCCAAGAUGAUUCAAACACCAGAUGCAGACUUGGAUGUAACCAACAUAAUCCAAGCCGAUGAGCCCACUGCUUUAGCAACCAAUGCACUGGACUUGAAUUUAGUGUUGGGAAAGGGUUAUGGGGCACUGAAAGAUAUCGUGAUCAAUGCAAACCCGGCCUCCCCUCCACUUUCCCUGCUUGUGCUGCACAGGCUUCUGUGUGACCACUAUAGGGUCCUGUCCACUGUGCAUACACAUUCAUCAGUCAAGAACGUGCCUGAAAACCUUCUCAAGUGCUUUGGAGAACAGACUAAAAAACAGCCCCGUCAUGAAUAUCAGCUGGGUUUUACUCUCAUUUGGAAGAAUGUGCCGAAGACACAGAUGAAAUUCAGUGUCCAGACGAUGUGCCCCAUUGAAGGAGAAGGGAACAUUGCACGUUUCUUGUUCUCUCUGUUUGGCCAAAAGCAUAAUGCUAUAAAUUCGACCCUAAUAGAUAGCUGGGUAGACAUUGCUAUUUUUCAGUUAAAAGAGGGAAGCAGUAAAGAAAAAGCUGCUGUUUUUCGUUCCAUGAACUCUGCUCUUGGGAAGAGCCCUUGGCUAGCUGGGAAUGAACUCACUGUGGCAGAUGUCGUGCUUUGGUCUGUGCUUCAGCAGACUGGAAGCUGCAGUGCGACAGUGCCAGCCAACGUGCAGAGGUGGAUGCGGUCUUGUGAAAACCUGGCUCCUUUUAACACUGCCCUAAAGUUCCUUAAAAGUGAAUUUUAGUAAUAGUUUUUUAAUGGUUUAGAUUUUUAAAAUGGUGCUCUUUCAUGCCUGUUGUCAGUAAAGAGACUUGUAUUAGAAUCAAAGUCUUUUUAUUUAGGCCAAUUGUCAAGUAUCAAUAAAAGCAUCAUGUAAUUU